AUGGCAGACUUCAGUUUACUUAUUGCCCGGGCUGAAAAGCGCUUGGCAGAGAACGUCAGAGAAAAAGAUAUGAUUAUUUUUGGUAUUUGUGAGCUCGAUAGGGGAAUGGGCGAAACUACUCGGCAUUUGGCGGAAAUGGAGAUAAAGAGAGCGACUGCGCAGUUUGCUAGACCUAGAACGACGGAACUAGAUGCUGACUUGAAGUCGUUGAAUUAUUAUGUUUCAGCCCUGACAGAGUCCUUGAAGGCGUUGCAACGUUUUAGGUUGGCUUAUGUGUUGAAGGUGAAGGAGCUAGAUGAGAGGCUGCAAGGAGACAGGAGUGUGGUUCAAUUCUGUAGUGAUCAUUGA